CAGUGAGUCACUUUUACGUGUUGAGUAGGCAUGCGAAUUGUUUCAACUAUUUUACACACUUGUCACCUACUUAUAUUGAAAAUAUAAAAAAUGCCACCUUUUUGCUGUGGCGGUCGUACCUGUGCUGAGGACUUAAAGCGCGGACAAACACGGAAAUCGGAUGCUAGCAAAGCCGAGUCCAUACUCAACAUCACCGAUGCAGAGCGUCCACUCACGCUCAAGUUCUAUGCGCGUCAUGAUUGGCCUUACUUCAACUGCUCGCCAGAGGAGCUGGCGCGUUGGCGUGGACGCACUGAAGCCGAUGACCGCCAAGAUCUGCUUAAUGUCAGCACAGCGCCAAAUGUGGAGAAGCAAAUCAAGAAAUAUGAUCCCAAGCAUGUCACGGCUACGCCUUUGACUGAGAAUCAAAUAUAUGGCUGGUAUCAGGAUCGUGCCUAUCGUUAUACGCCUAAGGACCGCGGUGUAUUUGUAUUUCCACGCGAGGCCGAUCCUUUGAUCAAAAUAAUACUAGCCUCCAAUAUGGCUGCCAAAAUAAGCAAAUAGUUAAUAGAAUGAA